AUGCCAGCAAAGUGUUGUUGUAUUAUACCUUUAAGAGGAGGCGUGAUUAUUAGUGGUAUCAUUUUACUUCUUGUUUCAAUUGCACUUUUAGGGGCUACUUUUACUCAUAAAAAUCCUAUGAUUAUUCAUCUUUCUAUAACUCAUGUCGUUCUUCCCUGGAUCUAUAUUGGAUUUUAUAUUGCUGCUGCUGUUGUUGGUUUAUUUGUCCUAUUUUCGGGUGCAGUGGCCAAGUUGAGCAUGAUGAGAUUAACAAAGAUUUUAUUUUAUUUAUUAUUAUUUCUCUUGACAAUUUGGGAAGCCAUUUCGUUUAUUUUAUCUUUGACAAAUCGAUCCAAGUCGUUAGCUGCUUGUGAAGAAGUGAAUCCUUCUUCAUCAAGUACAAAUAAUGAACAACCACAAUCCAAUGCGACAGUAACUAUUGGUGGAUAUUCAACGACAUUUUUGGGAAUGGAACCAGGUAAUACCUAUGGCUUAGCAAAUUGUGGACAAGCAGUUCAAGCAGAUGUUAUUGGUAGUGCUAUUAUGUUAUUUGUAGGACAGUUAUUUAUGUUUUAUGCAUGUACAAUUGUUGGAUCCUAUACUUCCAAAUUAAGGGAACGUAAAUUAGGUCAUCGUUUACGGGACCUUGAAUGGGAUGAUAAUUUAGAUGAAUUAGCAGCAAGUUAUCGUGCAGAUGCCCAAAAUGCACCCAAAUAUCCAUUAUCUGAUUUAAGUGAAAAAAAGAAGGGAUUUCUAAAUAAAUUUCGUAGAAAAUAA